CCAGACCACGUUGCUCUCCAGGGUUGAUUGCAGACGGCCGGUCAACCUUCCGAAGCGACUACCAAGUCCCACCAAUCUUGCACCUCUCUGGACUACCAAAGAUGGCUCGACACAGCUUCAGCUCGGUACCGGCUACUGCGACUCCUGGCUCGCAAGAGGAGGCAAAGCUCCAGUCAGGCGAAGAGGUAUACACAACGACUCCGCAAUGGUGGUGGUCAAAGAAAUUCGCCAGCGGUAGGGCUCGCAACAAUAGGAAGCGCAACAUCCUCAUUAUUAUUGGCCUUGUUCUCCUCGCGAUCAUUGCGCUUGCUGUCGGCCUCGGAGUAGGCUUGACAAGGGGAACAGGCAAGCCAAUGGCACACCUGCCAACGGGUGGCCAGGAUGACAGUCAGAGCGGUCUUCGCCAGAGCGGCUUCUACGUGACGUCGUAUAGCGGCAAUCAGCAACGAUUUGCGUGGACUGAGCAGCCGCUUUCAUUUAUCACGGGCAAUCAGCAGAAUCGAGUCGUCGUCUCGAUCAACGACACCAACGUCGGCCAAACGAUGACGGGAUGGGGAGCGGCCAUGACGGAUUCUUCGGCUUACCUGUUGAGCUCGCUCAAGAGCCAAAAUAGGACCGCAUACGACACGACCAUGGCCUACCUCUUUAAUCGCCGAACCGGUAUCAACAUCCUCAGAGUCCCCAUCGGCACGAGCGACUUCAAUCCUCAGACGUGGCAGUAUACUAUGGCAGACCAGGAGGGCGUCCAGGCCAAUGCAGACGAUACUGUCGGUCCCCUGAGCACAUUUAAUAUGGAUGGAGCCAAUCGGUACAUCAUCCCAGCAAUCAAGGACGCCCUCGUCUACAAUCCGGAUCUUAAGCUGGCUCUGCUACCUUGGUCACCUCCCGCAUGGAUGAAAACGAAUAGAGGCAUCAACUCAGGGAGUCUCUCUCCAGACGCGAUUGGCAUCUUACCCGAGUACCUCGUCAAGUCUGUCCAAGGCUUCCGCGACGCAUUGGGAGGCAACGUGAUGCCAUGGGCACUUUCCGUGCAGAAUGAGCCAACGAAUCCGACGGCGUAUCCGAGCAUGUCUAUGAACAACGACUAUGAACUUCGUAUUCUCGCUGAACUUCGCGGCAGACUGGCGCAAGAAGGUCUUUCGAGCGUCCAGCUUCUUGGCCACGAAGACAAUUUCAUCAAUUGGGACGACGCGGCCGCCUUGAUGCGGUACAACUCCUCGGCUCUCGAUGGGAUUGCCUGGCACUGCUACAAUGGCUCCUCGGCCUACAUUGCCAAUUACACCAGCAACUCCAACAAUCAGUUGGCGGGCAAGACCAUGCACAUGACUGAAUGCUCCGGACAAGACUCGACUACGCAAUCCGACGCAACGUCGCUUCAGUGGUGGAUGACCAACAUCUUCACACUCCCGAAGCUUGGUGUCUCGUCAGUCAUUGUUUGGAACCUGGCCUUGGACAGCAGUAACGGCCCACGGCUAGACCGCGCCUAUUGCCAAGACUGCGCGGGUGCGCUGCAGAUUGACACAUCCAAUGGCGUUAGCACCAACCUGCAGAGCCCCCUUCUGGCUCAACACGCAGUGGCAAGUUCAGAUUUGACACGGUUCGGGGGUGGGCCUGCAUCCUUGAUUGAAUCAACUGUGUCCAACGACGGGGCCGAUUGCAUCGAUGCAAAGGCCUUUGCCGCAAACUGGACCGUGUCUCCUACUUCAUCAACUUCCAACGUCAAACGAUAUGGCGUCGUGAUCGAAAACACCUGCGACCAGAUGCAGCAGGCCUACCUGGCCAGAAACGGUCAGCAGGCCUCUGUCAAUGUCCCCUCGGGCAUCACCACCUUUGUUUGGACUGCCUGAGUUUCAGUCUUCUGUGUCUACAUUUGUUCACUCUGUAUAUUAUAUUAUAUUGGUUACUCUGCGGCUUUCGAGAAUGAGCAAUUGGAAAGCAUUCAUUGUCCAU